CUGCUGGGAUGUUGGGGUGUCUCUCACUUUCCCGUCCUGAUUCCGUCCGCUCUCUGAUUCUCUUUCCUCCCUCUCCCCACCCGCUCUGUGCAUCGCGCUCGCUGCCUUCUCUUCCCCCUCACCCCGUCUUUCCCUGUGUGCCCCCCACUCUCUGUCUCUCUUUCAGGGCGAACUUUCUGCUCCUCCUCUUCCAGUCUCUCUUGCUCUUUGCGUCCGUCUCCUGGUCUGUGUUUCUGUGGGUCCAGGCGGCCUUAGGAUUUCGGACGUUAGACAAGAUCCCUCAGGAGGUUGCCCUCUGUGGCGUCUUGGUCCACCUGGACUCUGGGUCGCUCAUAUUUCUCCAUAGAAAGGGAACAGUGUGUUUUCCUGGAGUGAUUAGGAAUUGCUCUUUUCUUAGUCACCUUUCCACCAAGGUGAGUUAAGUCACUGAGUAGCCACAAAGGUGGCAGUGGGAAAAAAACAAAACAAAGCAAAAAAAAAAAAAAAAAAAACAACACAGGGAGAGAACUGUUGCCUCCAACAUAGAAAGACAAUGUACCAAUAUGUCAGCAGGGAAGCAGAACCACAUGAGAAAAGAUUCCCGAAGUCUGCAAGGAAACACAAAAAGGUUCCACUAGUAAUGAGAGGAGUCAGCUAAAAAGCAUUUGAAAAUCAUUUGUAAAAACACUAUGGAAAUUUCUGCCUCUCCCAAACUGCCAAACUAAUACCUGUUUUCUUUCAUAGAUUUUUAGGGUCUUAGUGACAACUCUUCUAAUUAUUGUUUUGAAGAAAUUAUGGGAAAUGUCCUGUGUCAAUUGAAACAUUUGUCUUUAAGAAAAUAUUCGGUCUUUGUAUUUUUAGACCUUUUUACACUCCAGUAGUAAUCAAGAAGAAUUAUUUGUAACUGUAAAGAAAAUAGGAAAAGAUUUGUCAGUAAUUUUAAGACCUGAGACCUUCCAUAGAUCAAUAGUUUCUUUGGAAAAAUUUCACUAUAAGGAUGUUUUGAAGGAUAUUACAUCUUAGUGAAAUAUGCAAGUUAUUACACACUUCCAUCAUUGUGCAAUGCAAAAAAAAAAGGUGGUGUGCUGUAAGCAAAUCGUGGUAGUGAUGGCUUUUUAUGGGAAACAUAGCUGGGAAAUUAAUUACUCUGAUUUUCACUGUUUUCUUUCCCCUUGCAUAAUGUACCUUUGUUUUUAGCAAAAUGUGGCCCAGGGCUACAAAACUUGAUACAGUGUGUUAUUUGUCCAAUCUGAAUUACCAUUUCAAAAAACACCUUUUCCUUUUGGUCACAAGAUAUAACUUGAUAUGAUCUCAUUACUCAUGUGUUAGGGUCUGGUGAUGAAUUUUAAUGGCACUGAUUUGUGAUUUUAAAUCAAAAUGUUAGUUUUUGGUGAGUUAGAGUCUUGAUUUAUGUCAUGUUGGUGAAUCAUCACUAUUUAUAGGGGCUCUGCCACCUUGUCUGCCAGGUGCUGUGCAGCAUGUAGCCUGGGCAGGGUGUUUGAAAUUCCCUGUUGGGUUAUUGUCCAUGAGUGCAGGUUGUACUCAUGGCAUGUUCAUAUACAUCCCUAAAAAUAUUCUGGUCAUUAAAUAAUGUUUAUUAAAAGGAAAUUGAUUUAAUUUUUUUCUCAUAAACUCUGGAAACUGUGUGGGGCCUGAUAAAUUAUUUUUCUUAGAGUAAAUGCUGAUGUUCUUUGUAUAAGGGUACAGGACCAUUUGAAUGUGCAAUCUUUUGGUACAUAUAUAUACUCCGUCCACUCUUUUCAGCACACAAAUCAUAUUUAUCCUCCACAGGUACAGUCACACUGCAGCCUAGCAAAGCCUUUCCUGAUUUUCAUAAGCCCCCCUCAUCUCUGCUUGGGUCAACUUUCUCUGCAUACUUCUCUUAGCAUUCACCUUCCUGCUGUGUGAUCACUUGUUUGGCUCUUCCUUAUUGGAUUGCUUUCUCACUGAGGUGAGAUAGUGUUCUUUUUCUGGAUUUCAGAUGUUCAGCAUAGUACCUGACAGAUAAUAGAUACUCAAAAGAUCCUUAAAAUGAUUUAUUCUCCAAUUUGUUUCUAACCAGUGAUACUAAUUCUCUGUAGAUGCAGUAGUAGCUCGGGGCAGACUGUUUAGCAUGGCAUAAUAGCAGAUCGUAGAUCAAGCAUCUCAUCUCAUACAUUUACUACAGGAGAUGAGUGAAUGAGGCCAACAGAGUUUGAAAACCUGCUCAGAAAUAGAAAGUGAACCCACAUUAGAUAUAAAACUGAGACUGUGCUAUUUUUACUGUGCCAUGGUUAUUUUUACUGAACUCAAGCUUGUCUGCUUUCACUAGGUGUGCCUAAAUCUGAGUAUUAGAUGCUAACAAUUUUAUCUGGACUCAAUAUUAAUUGCCUGCCAAUGAAAACCAGGCAUGAAAUGUAUCAUUUUCCAAUAAGUGCUAAUCAUUUGUUAUGCAUAUGCUUGGAGGAAAUACUGUCUUUUAGAACAUUGACUCUGAAGUGAUUUUCUAUGCUACAUAUUAUUGUGGGUGCUGUGUCAUCUUGGAUAGACUAAUUAUUUCUAACUGCAAAAAAAGAUUUCAGCUCUCCUCUAUCAUUUUCUCCUCUAUCACUUUCUCUGUGUUUGUGUUGAAGGAGUGUGGGGGGAAAAGAAAGGAAGUUUGGGCCAGAUUAGUGGCCCUUUGAAGUUUUCUUCAGAGACCACCAGUUUAACUCCCAGAACAACUGCAAAUUCAUCUGUUUUACAUAUAUCAGUCUUCCCUGUGAGCAUUUGUUUGAAAAAAGGCUAAUAUAAUUUUUAAAAACCUUGAAGGCCAUUUCACUUAAUGUUUUUCAAUCCUAGUUCUUAAAUUUCAUAAGGUAAUUUCUAGCUUUUAAAUCUGAGGAUCUGAAGAAUGGUUGAUAAAAUUGUUAAGGAUAGAAGGAGAAACUCAUUUUGUCUGAGAAGUACUAAUUCCAGGUUUCCAUAUGCCAAAUUUGACUUACUGGUUGAAAUUGAAGAACUGUUGCAAUAUAUAAAGACAGGCCAAGACUCUGGAGGGUGGGACCAGGACUGGAAAUACAGAUUUAAAAGUCAUUCCCAUUGAAAUAAUUAAAAUCAAGGUAAAAUAUUUCAAAAAAGAAAAAAAAAAUAAAAGUACCACCUAGACUGAGUGCAAUGUGGUUCCAAAUUCAUAAAAUUAAUCUUCACACAUCUCUGUUAAAAAAAAAAAAUCAAGGUAAAAUAAGACUUUAGGGGCAGAGUUUAGAGAGAAAUGAAUAUUUAGGAGUAGGAAUUUUAUGUUACUCGGUGGGACAAGAGGGACAUUUUAUGUUACUUCUGAGUAUUUCUUUUUGGCUCAUCUAUACUAUUGAGAUAAAAAAGGAUAGUGAAUAAAUUACAUAAGACAAUAAUCUGUUUUCAUGAUUUUUAGAUUACUUAUAUGCCAGUUAUCCUAAUUACAUUCAAUUUUGCUUAGUGAUUAGAGUGCCUACUCUCUGGUUGGCAUUAUUAUAUAUUUAGGGGACAUUGCAACCAUAGAGACAGAAAGAAGGAUCUUAUCUUUGAACUUGCAGUCUGUAAAGUAAAAUACAACAAACUAUAAACAAGCACAUGAGUAAGACUAUUUGUAAUGGUGAAAAUUGCCCUUAGGAAAUGCACGCAGUGAUAUGAUCAUGAGUGACUAGGGCUACCUAACAGGUACCUACCUAUCUAAGAAGGUCUCUUUAAAAAAAAAAUAAAUCAGUCUGGGAGAACUUUCUGGCAGAGGGAACACCAAGACUAUCUCAAAAGUAAGAGCAAACUGGGCACACACUGGCCAGUGUGGUUGGGCUCAGGCAUGUGGGGGAAAUAGUAGGAAUGAGGUCAGAGAGAUAGCCAGGCCCAGCUUAUGAAGUAUGCAUUUUAUUCAAAGUACAUUUUUAUUUAACAACCCUGCAGGAUUUUAAGCAGAGAAGGGAACAGUAUGAUUUAUCAUGUCUCUUUGCAAGAAUGUCCAAAGUAAGAUGUGGGAAAGCUAUGAGAAGGAUCUAGAUGAGAAUUUGGUGGUUUGGCCCAAGGUAUAACCUGGAGAGCUUCUCAGACAAUGUUCCUAUUACUGAAUAAGAGUCACUGAUUUGAAUAACUUCUAUUUUCACUUUAUGUUUUUUUUUUUUAACCUUAAUUCUCAUUGCACUAAUUCACUAGUUCAACAGUUGCGUUUACUUUUAAAUCGUAGAUCUCAGCACCUUCGCACUGUUCUCAGAAGUCACAUCUGUACCUACUUUCAGAUAUUUCAUGGGCUUCAAGCUUCUUGGUUCAGAGGCUGCAGUAUUUCCUGGAAAGUGUUUGUGAGGACACAGCUUAGUCUACUUCCUUGCCUGGUCUGAGGAGCUUCAACAUCUUAUUGAAGAGACAUGCAAAGGAGAUGUGUGGGAGUGGAAUUAAGUCAGACAUACGUGGAUUGAAUCCCAGUUCUCUCUUCCUUUGUUGUAUGAUAUCAAACAAGCCACUUAACAUAAACCUUUCUUCAUCAAAUCUAUCUAUCUAAUAUUUAAUUUUUGAGAUUCUAACUUCUGCUGAAUCAUAACCAUUUGCCGCCAAGCUAUGACAAGAGAGGAAACAAAAAGUUAAAGGAGCAAGCCUUCCAGUAAGUUAGAAGAUCUAUAGUUCUCAACUUGGCGCAGUUGUACCCCCUCUCCUCUUCCUCUGCAAUGUUUUGGAUACUUGGAGCCACUUUUGAUUUUUUACUGCAAAUGGUGCUACUGGCAUCUAAUGUUGAUACAAUAUAUAAAUGCUACUAGUAUAUAUCAUAUGACCUUUUUUGGUGUCCUGAGAGUCAGUCAUUGAUAUCCUAAAGCAAACUUCCUUGAUAACAUGCUUUUGCGCAGUUCAGGAAAAUUAAAUGUGGGCACCAAGAAAGAGGAUGGUGAGAGCACAGCCCCUACCCCUCGUCCAAAGAUCUUGCACUGUAAAUGCCACCACCACUGUCCGGAAGACUCAGUCAACAACAUUUGCAGCACAGAUGGAUAUUGUUUCACAAUGAUAGAAGAAGACGACUCUGGGAUGCCUGUGGUCACAUCUGGAUGUCUAGGACUAGAAGGCUCGGAUUUUCAGUGUCGGGACACACCCAUUCCUCAUCAAAGAAGAUCAAUUGAAUGCUGCACAGAACGGAAUGAAUGUAAUAAAGACCUACACCCCACACUGCCACCACUGAAAAACAGAGAUUUUGUUGAUGGACCUAUACACCACAAGGCCUUACUUAUAUCAGUGACUGUCUGUAGUUUGCUAUUGGUUCUUAUCAUUUUAUUCUGUUACUUCAGGUAUAAAAGACAAGAAACCAGACCUCGUUACAGCAUUGGGUUAGAACAGGAUGAAACAUACAUCCCUCCUGGAGAGUCCCUGAGAGACUUGAUUGAGCAAUCCCAAAGCUCAGGAAGUGGAUCAGGCCUCCCUCUGCUGGUCCAAAGGACUAUAGCUAAGCAGAUUCAGAUGGUGAAACAGAUUGGUAAAGGUCGUUAUGGGGAAGUUUGGAUGGGAAAGUGGCGUGGCGAAAAGGUAGCUGUGAAAGUGUUCUUCACCACAGAGGAAGCCAGCUGGUUCCGAGAGACAGAAAUCUAUCAGACAGUGCUGAUGAGGCAUGAAAACAUUUUAGGGUUCAUUGCUGCAGAUAUCAAAGGCACAGGAUCCUGGACCCAGCUAUACCUAAUCACAGAUUAUCAUGAAAAUGGUUCCCUCUAUGAUUAUCUAAAAUCGACCACACUAGAUACUAAAUCGAUGCUGAAGCUAGCUUAUUCUUCUGUCAGUGGCUUAUGUCAUUUGCACACGGAAAUCUUUAGUACUCAAGGCAAACCAGCAAUAGCCCAUCGAGAUCUGAAAAGUAAGAACAUCCUGGUGAAGAAAAAUGGAACUUGUUGCAUAGCUGACCUGGGCCUGGCUGUUAAAUUUAUUAGUGAUACAAAUGAAGUCGACAUACCACCCAACACUCGAGUUGGCACCAAACGCUAUAUGCCACCGGAAGUAUUAGAUGAGAGCUUGAAUAGAAAUCAUUUUCAGUCUUACAUCAUGGCUGACAUGUACAGUUUUGGACUCAUCCUUUGGGAGGUUGCAAGGAGAUGUGUAUCAGGAGAGAGGCAAAGCAUACAACUGGUCUCCAGCACUUUCCUUUAUGAAGAUAGUCCAUGUACUUUGGGUAUAGUGGAAGAAUAUCAGCUUCCAUAUCACGAUCUAGUUCCCAGUGACCCCUCUUACGAGGACAUGAGAGAGAUUGUGUGCAUCAAGAAGCUGCGGCCCUCCUUCCCCAACCGGUGGAGUAGUGAUGAGUGUCUGAGGCAGAUGGGGAAGCUCAUGAUGGAAUGCUGGGCCCAUAACCCCGCAUCAAGACUGACUGCCCUGCGUGUUAAGAAAACACUUGCCAAAAUGUCAGAGUCUCAAGACAUUAAACUCUGAUUCAAGGGGAAAAGUAAGCCUCUCUGCAGAAAGCCAGUAGACAUUCUUCUGUUUGUGGGCAGAGAAAAAGAUGUUCCCAAGCAUCUGCAUUACAAGCCUUGAACAGUGUCCACUUCCUGGUGGGCUUGCCUCGCCUCUCAGGGAGCAACCUGGACAAGACAGAGAAGUUCCCAGAAACAGACUCAUGUGUGUCUGUCUGCAGAAGAGAGAAAUUGCUUGGUAACUUGUUCAAGAUAUGAUGCAUGUUGCUUUCUAAGAAAGCCCUGUAUUUUGGGAUUGUCCUUUUAUUUUUUCAAAAGAUGAUUUAAUUUUGCCAAAAUAAAUAAAUAAUGU